AUGCUUCUAGCCUCUCUCGUAUCACUGGCCUCUCUUACAGUCUUCACCUUGACUCAGGUGCACGCCCUCCCAGCGGGCACCAACUCAGAGUACCCUUCAACCCUCGCCUGCACUGCCCGAGUCGAUACCUCCAAUCCUUUGCUCCCGUUUUUGGACUAUCGCAGGUUUGGCGAGGCCGCAGACGCAGCUAUCGCUUUCCUCGAGGGCAGAAAUGGCGCUAGGAAGCCCGCCACUCAAAAUCCUCUAAGAUGCGACAGGAUCAGGGUGAGGAAGGAAUGGCGUAAGCUUACCCGCAAGGAACAGAAAGCGUACAUCAAGGCUGAGAAAUGCCUCAUGAAGACCAAAACAUUCGGACUCACUGGAAACUCGAGUCACACCUUCUACGACGACUUGACGAACUCCCAUGCUCAGGGCUUCGUACGCUAUCAUGCUGGAGCGAAGUUCCUUCCCUGGCAUCGUUGGUUUGUAUGGAUGCAUGGCUACUCCCUGGAGAAGCUAUGCGGAUAUACUGGCCCUGUUCCAUACUGGGAUUACACCCUCGACGCCGGUCCAGAUGUUUAUAAGGCGCCGGUCUUCUCGACUGAUCCAGAAGUCGGGUUUGGAGAUGGUGGCUCAGUACCCAUCAACGAAUUGGGCGGAAACGCUGGUGGGUAUAUCGUCGAUAACGGGGCUUUCCCGAACUAUAGGCCAAACCUCCCCCUCCCUCAUUACCUUGUCCGAAACUUCACUCCUGAUGCGCUGUACAAUCCCGAUAACCGCUAUGGAGUGGGUGUUAGUGAUACCUUCAACAAGACAGCUCGAGAGCGUGUUAUGAGCGCUCAGAGUUUCUGGGACUUCGAGACGAUGAUCGACGGCCUGGACGAGCCACAAUUUCGAAGUAUCCACAACAGCGUUCACUUCUUGCUUGGCGGUGACGGUCAGAGUUUCAACUGGCUUCAGGGUACACCCUGGUUUGGAUCUCAAGUCUUUGGUGCCAAUGAUCCCAUCUUCUACCUGCACCACGGGAAUGUCGACCACGUGUGGUGGGAAUGGCAAAAUAAAAACGAAAAGUUCCAAUACGACUUCAGCGGACGACCUGGUGCAGUAGAUAGUAUCUGCGACAUGCUUCCAUUGAACAAUCUCGGCCCCGAUGUUCCUAUCGGGUUGGCAUUGAAGACGGAGUGGUACCCCCAAUGCUAUACAUACGAUGAAUGA